CUGAUCAAUCCAGCAUCGAAGUUUCAAGUGUCCAUUGUAGAAAUAGAUCCCCACGGAAGGUACUUAAUCACUAAACUUCGAGUAGAGCGUACAAUCGUUUAUGUGAUUAAUGUAUAUGCACCAAAUGAUUACCGCAAACAGGAACAAUUUAUCAGAAUCUUAGGUGAAAAAUUUGUUUCCGAAACUGACACUACAAAAUUAAUCAUUUCAGGUGACUGGAACGUAACGCCACCCUAAACAAAAUUGAUAAAUGGGGAGGAUUGCCCUGGAAAGAAACCACAUAUAGAAGCUAGAUUAUUGACCUGACGGAAGAACUCGAUUUACUGGAUAUUUAUGGGCAAUUCCAUGCAGACACCAAAUCAUUUACGUACGAAACAAAAAAUUCAAAGUUGAAAUCUAGAAUUGACUUUUCUCAUAUCUCGCCCUAUCUCAUGUANGCGGUUUUUUUCCUAUUUAAAAAACCAAAAAGCCACAAUUUUUAAUUUGCAAGAAACUUUUUCAAAGCCUGAAGACGAGAAGUUUUGGACAAUAGAAUGGGGAGGAAAAGUUUUUUUCUCCCAUGGCACGGAGCAUUCGAAAGGAGUCACAAGGCUGAUCAAUCCAGCAUCGAAGUUUCAAGUGUCCAUUGUAGAAAUAGAUCCCCACGGAAGGUACUUAAUCACUAAACUUCGAGUAGAGCGUACAAUCGUUUAUGUGAUUAAUGUAUAUGCACCAAAUGAUUACCGCAAACAGGAACAAUUUAUCAGAAUCUUAGGUGAAAAAUUUGUUUCCGAAACUGACACUACAAAAUUAAUCAUUUCAGGUGACUGGAACGUAACGCCACCCUAAACAAAAUUGAUAAAUGGGGAGGAUUGCCCUGGAAAGAAACCACAUAUAGAAGCUAGAUUAUUGACCUGACGGAAGAACUCGAUUUACUGGAUAUUUAUGGGCAAUUCCAUGCAGACACCAAAUCAUUUACGUACGAAACAAAAAAUUCAAAGUUGAAAUCUAGAAUUGACUUUUCUCAUAUCUCGCCCUAUCUCAUGUAGUGUUAAAAGAACCGAGGUGCGCUCUUCCAUAGCACCAGACCACAAAGCAAUUUUUUUUAGGUAUAUGGAGUUACAAAGUGAGCUGAAAAGAGGGCCUGGGACGUGGAACUUCAAUAAUACUUUAUUAGAAGAUCAAGACUAUAUAGAUUUAAUAAGCUUUAUCUACCCUUGGACACUAGAAAAAUACAAAGAUGUAGAAAGCAAGCAACUUCUUUGGGAAUUGAUAAAGAUGGAACUUUGAGCUAAGAACAUGAGCUAUUCUAAGAAAAAAAGAGCUGAGGUUAAAAAACGUCACAUUGUCCUCCAACACAAUUUAGAUGAACUGGACUAUAAAAUUUGCAAUGAAGCCGAUUUAAACCCUCAUAUCCUAGAUCAAUAUGAGGCAGAGAAAAACGAAUUGAAUUCCUUGUGCGAAUUGAAAAGUAAAGAGGCAAUUUUUAGAUCCAAGUUAAGUGGAUAGAACAAGGCGAAAAACCAACGAAGAAUUUUUUUAAUCUAGAAAAGAAAAACUAUGUAACGAAAACCUUGCUCAAAAUUAAGUUAGAUAAUGGUGAAAUCACUUUGGAUAUGAAAAAGAUAAAUAAACAAAUAGAGGUGUUUUUUAGGGAAUCAUACAAAUCCAAGCUUACUGAUGUCCCAUUGUCUGAACAGGAAUUAGGCCUCAAGGACUUUAGUCAAAACUUGGAAAUUCCACGUCUGUCUAACGAGGAACAAGCGUCGCUUGAACAUGACUUAACUGUACAAGAAAUAAAAAAUGUAUUACAUUCUUUUGAGAAAAAUAAAACUUCUGGUGAAGACGGUUUCACCAAAGAGUUCUAUGAAACUUUCUUUGACCUUUUAAAACAGAAUCUAAUUGAUUCGUAUAGUGAAGCUUUUUAGAAAGGCAGUCUAUCAGUAUCCCAGAGAAGAGGAGUAAUUUCUUUAAUUCCAAAAAAUGACCGCGACCUGUCAGAGCUUACUGGAUGGCGCCCAAUAACGUUGCUUACGGUUGAUUACAAAAUCCUGGCCAAGUGUAUUGCAAAACGUAUAGAACCUUUCCUUCCCAAACUAAUCCAUUCGGACCAAACAGGAUUUAUAUGAAGGAUAGAUUUAUUGGUCAAAAUGUAAGACUUUUGAAUGAUCUUAUGGAAUACACGGUUGUAAAGUGAUGUAAAGAAGAUAUCAGGAAUUUUUCUUUUUAUCGACUUUGAAAAAGCAUUCGAUUCCAUAGAGUGGAACUGUAUAAAACGAAGCUUAGAAUUAUUUAAUUUGGGACCAUUCUUAACAAGAUGGUUCUCAAUUCUUUACAGUAAUUCCGAGGCAGCAUUGAUGAACGCUGGUUACAUGACAGACUACUUCGCUGUAUCAAGAGGAGUUCGUCAAGGGUGCCUGCUGAGUCCAUUCCUCUUUAUAUUUAUAUUGUAUAUUAUGUUUUGAGGAUUGGCUCCUCAAAACAUAAAAAAACCAAACUAUUGGAAUUUCUCGGCAUAAAAGACCCCAUUAAAAUACGCGGGGCGCACUUGUCGUAUAACGCAGACAAGAACAACGAUGACAACUUCUUCAGCAAGAUUCGUAAAAUGAAAACUAAACUGAACCUCUGGCAAACGCGUAACCUUACGCUUUUUGGCAAAUCUGGAUCCGUUCUAGCCAAAACGCUUGGUGUCUCUCAGUUAAUCUACCCUGCUUCACUAAUGACUGUCCCUGAUGCAGUAACACGCGCGGCUCAAAGCCUCCUGUUCUCGUUUUUGUGGAAAAAUAAGAAAGAUGAAAUUAAACGAAAUGUUGUAUGCCAGCCAAUUGAAACUAGGAUGGUGGCCUUAAUUUUACAAAUUUUGAAAUUAUGGUAAAAUCUUUGCGACUAGCCUGGACAGCUAGACUGAUUAGCAACUCUGACGAUAACUGGAAGGCAAUACCGAAUUUCUAUUUCGACAAAUAUGGCGGCCUGCCGGUCCUCCUCAAGUGCAACUACGGUACUGCAAUUCUUGACAACAAUCUACCUUUAUUCUACCCUGAGUUAUUAGAUUAUUUCCACGAACUAAUGGAAUUCUCAGAAUACGAUAACAACAAUGACCUCAUUCUUUGGAAUAAUAGGAGAAUUACGAUAGAAAGGAAUAGUGUCUUCUGGAAACAAUGGUUUGAGCAGGGUGUUACUUUCAUUAGUGAUUUAAUGAACUCAAAUGGUAAAUUUCUAACCUUCGAAAAAUUUCAAAAUAAAUUUGAAAUUAAAGCUAACUAUUUGCACUAUUUUCAAUUAAUUGCUGCCAUUCCUCCGGAUUUGAAACGAAAGGCAUUUGGUUCCACGUUUCCUGAUCUGCUCGGAACAACUUCAGAGUACUGACAGAUAGAAGAUAGAACAAUAGUCUUAACCAAAUUCCGCUCUAAAAAUUAUUACAGUCUGCUCAUCGAGAAACUUUUUUCAGACCCCUUCGCAGUAAGGGCUUAGAAAAAAAGCUUUUCAGAACUUCCUGAUUGGGGUGAUUGUUUUGUGAAUAUAUACAAAUCCACGAAAGAUAACAAGCUUAGACAAUUCUGUUUUAAGGUUGUGCACAGAAUAAUCACGACAAAGAAGGCACUACUGAAAUAUAAACUGAUGACAAAGGUCCUUUCUGCCUUAAUCCAGAUUCAAUUGAACACACCUUUUUAUAUUGUCAAGAGUCAAAGGAAUUCUUUUUCAAAACUUUAA